AUGACUAUGUCGGGAAAACGAAUUUCAAAUCAGGCACAACAAAUUAUUCUUUCUUGCAUCGAAAAAUCCCGUGUAGACCCUUCCAGCCGUGUUUUAAAUCGAAUGGUUCACAACCGGGCAGAUUUUGCUACUUUUUGUGUUAAUUUGGGAGAGGAAAAUUGGACUAGAUUAGCUGACCAAUUUAGAAAUUAUUUAACUGAUGUUUUGAGUAAUUUGGCUAAUAGAGAAAAGAUAAGACGUCUCUCAAUGCAAUUUGGAGCCGAACAAGUCGCUCGACGCCCCUUUGGAUUUAAGGCUGAUUUCUUUGCGGAGAUGGCUAGCUCGUUAACCACCGAAUGUGUUUUUUUGGAUGGAGCUGCACAUUCUCCAACAGACACGUUUGAGGCAUGGGCCCAACUUGUGGAAUUAAUGUUUAGUGCUGUGAGGGAUGGUUAUUAUUUAUUUGUCAGAAAGCUGCGUAGAAGCAAUUUCUCUCUAGGCCAAAAUGGCUGUGUCAUUGCUAAAUCAUCCUCAAAAAAUGAAAAACAAAUUAAUUAUUGUGAUACAAGUUCGAAAGAAGAAUUCAAGAAUUGUGGGGGGAGACAGAGCGUUUCUUUGGAAAUUUAA